AUGUCGAUACAAUAUCAUCCACAAUACUCUUCCCAACUAAAAGAUGGUUGGUUUUUAAUUCAAUUAGAAAAGGAAUGUGAAGAUUUUGUAGAAGCUGGUAAUAUACUUUGGUUAAAAGGUGGAACUGGAAAGGGUUCUCCAACUGUACUUUGUACAGAAGAUGAAACAUUCAUUAUGAGAAGAGAUAAAUGCAGUAAUCUAAGUUACAUAGCUCUUCAACUUACUCAUGAUAAUUUGGAUAAUACAAAUAGUGAAAAUCUAAAUAACACUGAAGAUAUAAACAUUAUUGGACAAACCCAAAGUGUUAUAGGACUAAUAAAAUCACCUCCUUUAUUAAACAGAAUAGAUGAAAUAUUUAGAGAAUAUUCAAAUAAAGAAAGCUCUUAUCCUAAUCCUAAAACACUUAAUGAAAUAUUUCUUAGAACACAAUCUAGUAUCAAAGAAUUAAUUAAUUAUUUGCUUAAGUAUGACACUAUGGUAUUUUGCGACUCAAAAGGGCUUUGGUAUCCUAUAGAUGAUUCUAUCCUUAUGUUUUUUGCUGAUUCUAUUCUAAUAUAUGGUGCAGCAAAGAAAGUGAAAUUUUCUAAUUUAACAUUACAUGAAUGUGGAAUUUUACUUACUGAACAACUUAAUAUUCAAGAAAAUCUUGAACUUAAAAAUUAUAAAACAGAUGAAGAAAAUGAAAAUAAUAGAUUAUAUUGGUAUAUAAGGAAAAUAUUACAAUACCCUCUGUCAAUCUUAAUGGUUUUAAAACAUUUUCUAUUCAUUCCUGAAAAUGACAAUAUAUGUGCCAAUUUCUUAAAUAUUAAAAUAUUAAAUGAAAGUACUAUACUUAAACAACCUCUUACAGACUUUAUGGAUUUAUCAGGUAUUAAAGAUUUAAAAGUUAAUCUUUCUUCAAAACAAAUACAACGGACUUUAGCACUCCAUAUUCUUAAAGCUAAUAAAAUACUUAAAAUUGAUGAGUAUAUUAAACAAUUUGAAGAUAUGAUUGUAUCCUAUAUACCUAUGGAAAUUAAUGAAUUGGAAUUUCACAAUUUAACUUUAGAUACAAAAGCUGUGGGAGAUUCAAAUAUAUCAAAGUCAGAUACUACAAAUCUAUUUUAUGGUUUCCCUAAUUUAGAAUAUCACCCAUCAAAUCCAGGUAUUAGAUUUGAUAUUUUAGCUGGAAGUGCUUAUUAUAAUGAUAUUAAUGAUUCUAUUAUAUAUUGCCCUCAUUAUACAUUACCUAAUCAUCCAAGGAAACGUCUUGCAAAACUAUUUCAACUUAAAAAGUUUUGGCAUAUAUCUGAAAUAACACCUUAUUUACAACCAAUAAUUUAUACUAAUUCUAAAGUGGAAUCACUUUGUCUUCAGCAUUGUUCAAUAUGUGAAAUUAUGUAUAAUAAUGUUGCACUCAGAUACUUCUAUAAUAGAAAUUUGCCAAUAGAUUAA